GCAUUGCGAGCUCAGCGGCGGCGGCGGACGCUCAGAAGGCGCGUCUGGCAGCAGAGAGCUCCAGCCUCUACGCGCCUUCGCGUAAUUCUUCAGCGCUCUCAAAAAUUCCAGAGAACGCUUCGGACAUUUACCCGUACGCAACGUUCCGGAUGGGCGUGGCGGGGAGUGACGAUGAGGGCACAGCGAGCUACCAGACGCUCGUGUACCAGCAGAGCGGUGGGGCCGGCGGAGGCUCGUCCGUCUACUCGGGGCGCAGCGGUCGGAUGGUCCACCGGCCGCGACGGGGGCGGUCCAGCGCGCGCACGGAGUCGAACCAGCAACUAGACAGCA